AUGAAUGCGGUUUGUCUCAAGCUGCUUGCGCAAGUCUGUGGCGUCGCCGUCGUGGUGGUCCUCGCGGUUGUGCCCUUCUGGUCGAACUCCCAUGGAUCCUGGGAGUAUGUGUGGGAUGAUACCGAGAACUUCGGGGAGGCGGUGCGCGGCCGCCUUCAUUGGUCCUGGGAAAAUCUAGCCUGGUGGCAUCGGGCCAGUGCGUCGGAUCUCCUUGGUGGCCUGCAACCGAAGAGCCUCCAUAGGCUUUCCCUGCUGUCCCACGCGAUCACUGCGGUAACAGCUUUUGGGGGCAGCUCGAUGCUCUUCCGAUUCCACCAGCAGGCAAGUGAGAUUGACACUUCGAGACUUCGUUGGCAGACGGCCUGCUGCGUCUUUGGAACUGCAUUCUUUGCAGUUCACCCACUUUGUGUCCAAGCUGUGUGUUGGUCGUCUUGCCUUCCGUACCUGUGGGCAACAUCGCUGUGCUGGCUCUCUCUUUCCUCUUACGUGAGCUGUGUCUGGCGGCUGCAUCACCAGCAGCAGCAGUACAUGCUGUCGACCGUGGUGCUUGCGUUCAUGUCGGGCAUCUUCUAUUUCGCUGCUGUCAUGUGCAAGGCUGCUGCGCUUACGCUGCCAGCUGCGCUGUUGAUUCAACGAGUGUCAUGGAGGCCUUCUAGGUCCGAGGAGGAACUCACGUCCCGCUGUUCACUGCAUUCAUUGAUGCCGGACUUAUUCCUGUGUUUGCUCGCCCCGGCAGCCUUCUACCUGGCAUUCCAAGCUGCAGGUGACAGCGUUGGGCAGCGGCAAGCAUCUGUAGUCGAGCUGGAUUUGAAAGACAAUGUGCUGCGGGCCUCCAUCUCCGCCUUCUUGUACAUCGAGCGUCUGCUGGUCCCAGGUUGGCAGGCCAUUCCUUUCCUCCCCGUCGCGCUGGAGGGCUUGACUCCGACGGAGAGGCAGGGUGGAUGGGUCGCCUUGCUUUCCAUCAUCGCUUUCACUUUGGUUUCAGUCCUGACGCUGCUGAGAAGCGAUGCUUCCAGAGUCUCCCGAGCAGCUUCCGCAGCCUGGCUUUCCUACCUUGCGAUCCUGGCACCAUGCCUCCAGCUCGUGGUGCAUCACGGAGAUCCUGUGUGGUAUGCUGACAGGAGCACCAACUUUGGAGAGAUCAUGCUACGAAAUGACCUGGCCAGGGAUGAAGUCUGGUACCGGCAUGAAAUGGAAGCCAGGUACGCGUACUUGCCUGUAGCUCUCAUCUUGCCGCCGUUUGCGGCAAUCGCACUGUACCGGGCGCACGACUGGCACAUCGGCGCGAUGGCCGUAUGUGGCCCUGUCCUCAUGGUCUACGCCUUCCAGACCAGCUUGCAAUGUGAGCUCUGGCGAGGAGGUCUUCAACUUUGGAGCUCGGCAGUGGCAGCUCACAGCGGCUGGUCGGAGUUCCAGCAUCAGCUUGGAGUCUCCCUUGCAGCUGCGGGCAGAGCCGAGGAGGCGAAGAUGUCUUUGGACAAAGCCUGGAGCCUGAGGCCCGACGCGCUGACAGCAAAAGCUUUGGGCCACGUCCUUGGCGCCAAGAGCCCUCGUAAGGGCAUGGCUUGGUUGGAGAAGGCGCUUGAGAUGGCAGACACGACGAUCAAGGACGGCAUCGGCGUCGGCCUGUCCACUGAUCAAGCUGCAUCGGUCUACCAUGACAUGGCCGUCCUCGAGUCGCGAGUGAAGAAGCCAGAUGUGAAGCGAGUCGCGGACCUUUACCAGAAGAGCCUGUGGCUCGUUCCAGAUCGGCCGAUCACUCAGGAGAACUACGGCCUGACGCUCGCCGUCAUGGGUCGCUUCGAGGAUGCGCUUGGAGCUCUCAAGAAGGCAGAGCAGCUUGGCCGUGGCGAUUCCGCAGAGCUGCAGAACGGGCUCGGAGCGAUCUACUUUCAGCAGGGCCAGCUGCAAAAGGCGAAGUCUCGUUUCAGGAAAGCCACAGAGUUGCGACCUGGUUGGAGGGAUGCGAGGGAAAACUUGGAUGCU